AUGCAGCGCUGCUGCAGCGAGGCUUCGGGUGCUGCUGCAGUUGCUGCUGCAGUUGCUGCUGCAGAUGCUGCUGCAACUGUUACUGGCAGCAGCAGCAGCCAGGCAGCAGUGGCGCAUGCAGGCAAGCUAAUCGCAGCACCAGCUGCAGCAGCAGCUGCAGCAGCAGCUGCUGCAGAAGCAGCGGCUGCAGCAGCAGCAGCAGGGGAAGCAGCAGCAAGGGAACCAGCAGCAGCAGCUGCAGAGGCAAAGCUUUCUAAAGCAGCAUCUGCAGCAAGUGACGCACCAGCAGCAACAACGCCAGCAGCAACAGCAGCAGCAGCAGCAACUGCAGCACCUACAGCAGCAUCGGAAACUGCAGCAGCAGCAGCAGCAGCGGCAGCAGCUACUGAAACGGCUGCUGACGCAGCAGCUGCGCCAGCGCGUGCUGCUGCUGCUUCAAAAAGAACACUAGUUGCUGCAGCAGCAGCUGCUGCCACAGCAGCAACACCAGCAGCUGUUACAAAAGCAACACCAGCAGCAGCAGCAGCAGCAACAGCAGCAGCAGCAGCAGCAGCAGCAGGAAGCGCAGCCGCAGGCGGCUCAGUUGCAUCCUCAUGUUCGUUCUGCGGCGGCAGCUGCGGGGACUUGGGGGAGUGCGCUGCUGCUGCUGCUGCUGCUGCUGCUGCAGUCGACGCUGCUCUGCUUCGCUGCAGCAGCAUCUUGGCGCAGCUGCAGCUGCUGCCUUGCUGCUGCCGGCUGCCGCUGCAUGCAGCAACAGAUGCUGUAGAGUUGGCCAAUUUGCAUCGCCUGAUUGGUUCUGUUGCAGCAAAUAAGGCCCCCGUCCAUGCUGCUGAGAGCAGCAGCAGCAGCAGCAGCAGCAGCAGCAGCAGCAGCAGCAGCAGCAGCAGCAGGAGCGGGACGCCUGUUUCCCGAGGGAAGCGCCCGGCCGGCAGCAGCAGCAGCCGCAGCAGCGCCGCAGCUCAAAACGGCAGCAGCAGUUGCUGCAGCGCCGCUGCAGAUGACAGCAGCAGCAGCACCUUAGACAGCUGCAGCAGCAGCAGCAGCACCACCAGCAGCAAAGGCAGCACCAGCAGCACGGACAGCUCCCAGAAGCACCAAGAUCCCAGCAGCCAGCAGCCGCAGCCGCAGCAGCAGCAGCAGCAAGACCACCAGCAGCAGCAGCAGCAAGACCAGCAGCAGCAGCAGCAGCAGCAGCAGCAGCAGCAGCAUGACGGGCUGCGCCAGGGCUAUAUUCCUGCGCCGCUGCAGCGCCACCAGGCGCUGCAGCAGCUGCGGGUGGGUUUUCGUGCUGCAGUGACAGACGCAGCAAGUGAAGGCAUUUUGAUAUAUUUCUUCACCCCCUGCACCAGCAGCAGCAGCAGCAGCAGCAGCAGCAGCAGCAGCAGCAGCAGCAGCAGCAGCGCGUUUGUGAUGCGCUGCGGCUUGCUGCUGGAGUACAUUGCGGAUGGGGACGCCUGCUUGUCUUGGGCGUUUGUGGCUCGGGGCCUUUCAGCAGCAGCAGAGAAGCAGCUGCUGCUGCUGCUGCUGCUGUUUGCUGCUGCUGUCUUCCUGAGGGAUAUGCCUUACUGCACAAGUGCAGCAGCAAGAGAGGCUGCUGCUGCUGCUGCUCGCUCCCAGCUGCUGCCUGCGGGGAUCUACAGACGCCUCAUUACGGAGCAGCAGCUGCUGCUGCCGCUGCUGCAGCAGCACUGCAACAUUCGCUUCGUAUCAGCCCCUGCAGCAGCAGCAGCAGCAGCAGCAGCAGCAGCACAACCUGCUGACAAGAAGGCGAGGGAAGUCGCGCCGCACGCCGCAAGAGGCGCUGCAGCAGCAGAAACAGAAGCUGCUGCCGCUGCAGCAGCAGACACAGCAGCAGCAGACCCAGCAGCGGCAGACACAGCAGCAGCAGACCCAGCAGCAGCAGCAGCAGACCCAGAAGCAGCAGAUACAGCAGCAGCGGACACAGCGUCAGCUGGCGCAGCAGCAGCACACACGGCAGCAGCAGGCCCAGCAGCAGCAGGCCCAGCAGCAGCAAACUCAGCAGCAGCAGGCCCAGCAGCAGCAGCAGCAGCAGCAGCAGCAGCAGAUGGCUUUUGCUGCAUUCCGCGUCGCCCUGUGAAUCUGCGCUGCCGGCUGACAGCAGAUUCGAGCGAUUUGCUGCUGUGUCCGCGGCCGCUGCUGCUGCUGCUGCAGGAGGAGCCUUUUGGCCGUUUGCUGCUGCACCGCGAGCCCGAGUGCCUAGAGACAGAAGCAGCAGCAGCAGCAGCAGCAGCAGACGCAGCAGCACGGAGGCGCGAGCGAAGCAGCAGCAGCAAGAAGAAGCGGCGCGGCGAGGCGCGCAGCAGCGCGGACGCCAAACUGCAGCAGCAGCGGCAGCAGCAGCAGCAGCAGCAGCAGCAGCAGCGGCAGCAGCAGCGCGCUGCUGCUCUUGCUGCUGCUGGCUUCACCCCCGACGGCCAAGUCAUCCACAGCAGCCUCAAAGAUGCUGCUUGCUGCUGCUGCAUGCAGCAGCAGCAGUGGCAGCGGCGCAUUGCCAUUGUUGAUGCUGCUGAGCUCGCGCUAAGAAUAAUUCCCGAGCUGCUCGACCUGCAGCAGCAGCAGCAGCAGCAGCAGCAGCAGCAGCAGCAGCAGCAGCAGCAGGGGUCGAUAGGCUGGGCCCCGCGCCCGGAGCUGCUGCAGCAGCUGCAGCAGCUGCAGCAGCAAGAGCUCAACCCCUGCAGCAGCAGCAGAGCAGCAAACCAGGGCUGCGGCCGCGUCUGCGGCGAAUUGCUGCGGGUCGAGGGGACACACAAACACGUCAAGCGCUGCAGGGCCAUGCUUGCUGCGCUGCAGCAGCAGCAGCAGCAGCAGCAGCAGCAGCAGCAGCAGCAGCAGCGGGAGUAG